AUGACCACCUCUGUGGACCUGAUGGGAGAUGUGACCAGGCCCACCAGGCUCAGUCGGGAAGAGCAGGGAUUGGGGAUGACCCAACAGCAGCUGGUGAUGCCCCAGCUCGGUUUCAAAGCCUGGAAUUGCCCCUGUCCCUGGCCACACCACCUGGCACCUUCCCACCUGCCCUGGCACCGACAUGAAGCAAAACGGUGCAAGUUUGGGUGUUUUCCUUCCCUCUUCCAGAUUUACCACUAUCUCCGGCGGAAAUGUUCCCGGCGGAACCGGGGCUACAGCCGGGAGAUCUCCCUGAGCCACCGCAGAUUCUGCUCCGGGGCCUUCGCCAACCGCCACGGCCGCGCCUCCUUCUCGUACAACGGGGAAGGCUCCGUCACCUACAGCCGGAGACCCUCGUCCUGCCUGCCCCUGCCAGCACCAGCCCCCUACAGCAUCUCAGGGGGGUACUCGUGUGACACUGGUGGGGAUUGUGGGGUCACGUCCAGCUGGGACCUCACGGUGGGAACAGUCCCCGUCUACGGCUCCGGAGUGGGAAUGGGGUACAGCAGCGAGGACGUGGGUCCGGUCUACCACGGAGGGAAUUCGGGAAUGGCUGAGGGAGCAGGGGCUGGGUAUGAAUACUCUGCACCCCUGAGUGACACCCUAAGCAUGGGGCGGGUCUCUGAGGGCUCAGGGUACUACAGGGGAGGGUAUGGAUAUGGGACACAUGGAUCUGGGACAUUCCCUGGCCCAGAGCUCAGCCCUGCAGGCGGGGGAUGCGCUCAAGUGGUGCAGCAGAAAUGCCCCGUGGUCGUCCCCACCAUCAAGACCCAGCAGUGCAAGCAGAGCACCCACUGGCCCCCCAUCCAGAAGAAGUGACUGGCCCAGCAGCAGCCUCUUCCACAUCCCAAAAAUGCCCCUGAAUGUGCCACAGUGGAAUUUUCCCCCGGCAGUGUCAUUACAUCACAGAGCUCUGCAUUCCUCAUGUGAGGCUGUGCUGACAACAGUCACUCAGGAGCUGCUGGAAAAAGGGGUUUGUGCUGUGGAAAGAGAUGAGAUGGGAAAAGAUUCUUUUCUCCAUCUCCUCUGGAUCACGGGUUGGGAAAUAAAACCUCACAGUCUGUGAGUAGUUUCAAUAUUGGGAUGAUUUCUUUCUCUUCUGGCUCCUUCCCUCAAAAUGCAAAUGGGUCCUCAAGGAAUCUCCCCAACACAAAGGACCUUUAUCAUAUCUAUUUGACACCCAAUUUAAAUGCAAAAUUUAUGUUAAUACAAUUAAAAUACAGCACUUUCAGUGGUGAGAGGACUUCAGGUGGCACAAGGAUGGUGUCAGUCUCUUCCCAGUGGUGCACAGUGACACAACAAGGAUGGCCAUAAACCAAAACCCAGUUCCACCUCAGAACUUCUUUCCAUGGAGGAGGUAGAGCCC